UACUCAUUGUUUGGUCUAUAUUUGUAUUACAGCAAGUUUUAAAGUAGUACAGAGUAACUGGAUAGAGAGAUCAAAACUGUUCGUGUUAUCAAGCUAUCAACUGGAUUCUCCGGACGGCAAAGACAUGAGCAAGCUCUUACGCAAACUGGGCUUGAAGAAGUCUACUGUGAUUGAUUUCUGGGACUGCUCCAAGCUCAACCUGUUUGACUUGCCCAAAGAAGUGUUCCGACACAGGCAGACCCUCAAGUCCCUCUCCAUUAACAACAAUCAUAUUAGAGAUAUACCAAAGACCAUCUUUAUGAUCGAGGGCCUAGAGGAGCUGGACAUCAGUGAGAAUGACAUCCUCUUUAUUCCCCCGGCUAUCUCAAAACUUCCCAACCUCACCUCCCUCGUCAUCAGCAAGAACUCUCUGGCGAGCAUACCUGAUGCCAUUCGCCAUUGUCAACAGCUGAUUUCGCUGGACCUGAGUAUUAAUCCCUUGGGCUCCCUAUGUGAAAGCGUGACCGAACUGCGGCAGCUCAGGAAACUCAUACUCAACGACACUCAAUUAGAAGAGCUCCCCCCAAACAUUGGAAAGCUCUCUAAACUGGAAAUACUGGAGAUCAGGGAGAACAUGCUGCAGACACUACCAGGGUCAAUGAGUCACCUCACUCUCCUGGAGAAACUCGAUAUUGGCAACAACGAAUUUGUCACCAUGCCCACUGUCGUAGGGAGUCUGGAGAGUCUGUGUGAACUGUGGCUGGACUCCAACACCAUCAACUCUAUUCCAGAGGAGCUGGGCAACCUCCACAACCUCCGCUUCCUAGAGAUGUCUGAGAACCACAUCAUGGUGCUCCCCAACACAGUGGGGGGCUGGGUCAAACUAACUGACCUUUACGCCAACGAGAACCUUAUCUCCAUGUUGCCGGACGCCUUUGGAAUGUUGAGUAACCUGCGGAUAGCCAAUCUCAGCUCAAACAGACUUGGGGGCCUACCAGACACAGUGUAUGGACUAACCAGCCUUGUGGAGCUGGAUCUAUCCCACAACCACAUUACCGAGCUUCCCAACUCUGUCGGUGGAAUGACCAGCCUGGUGACACUGAACAUCGAUGAAAAUCUCCUCUCAUCUCUACCGCCUAAGAUUGGAAACUGUACUCUGCUCAAGUACUUUUCAGUCCGAGAUAACCAGUUGUGUGAUGUUCCACCUGAGUGUGGUUUUCUGACGCAGCUGAGGAUUCUAAACGUGGUGGGCAAUCGUCUCUCCCACCUGCCCUACACUCUCAUCGGUCUCAAGCACUUGUCUGCCAUCUGGGUAUCCGAAAAUCAGAGCAGGCCCAUCGUCGAGCUGCAGGUGGAGAAGGGAGACAGAAGAGACGGAGGAGAAAAGUGGCUGACUUGUUUCCUCUUCCCCCAGCAAGGAAGAGAGUCUCCAUUCGAGGAAGCCACCUCCCCCCUGGAUGUAGCGGCUGACGAAGAUCCUGUCAUGAAAUCAACGAAUCGAAAAGGUAGUCAAGUUAAUUUUGACAUCCAAGUAUUGGACAAGCGGAGCAAGUUGAGUCGAGACCCCACCCCUUUCCCCAAGGAACUACACAACAGGGCCAUGCAGUGGAGGGCGGCCAGGGACAUUCAUCCUGAAGCAGAGAGCCUGUUGGUCCCCCCCAGUGGAGACCACUCCCCCCAGCCCGAGGAUGUGACCCUCAGGCACACAUCUCGCAGACUCGUCAAGAAUAGAUACAGCUUAAUGAGAGCUUUCUCAGACCCACUUGAUGAGCACUUGAAACCUGUUGGUGGGUACAUACACGACAGUCCACCCAUCUCCCCGCCACCUGCCCAUACACACAAGUCCCCCUCCCAUUCUCCAAUAAGCCCCGGUCGCUACUCCCCCUCGGCCAAUGGUCUCAUCCCAUCUUCCGGGACAGGCUCACCCCUAUCCUCUGCAUACUCACCACACAGCUCUGUCCAGCCUAUACCUCCACCCUCCGGUUUUGCAUCCAGCGCAAGAGUGCCUUCUCCAGUGAGUUUAUCACCUAAGCUCCACCCAUCACAGAACGGAGGAGUCGCCUAUCAGCAGCCCCAUCUACGAGAUGCUCAAGUUAUUCGACAAGAGGUUCAAUUUGUACCGCAUGGCUCACCAAAUUCAAACGGGAAUAAUAAUGCCCACAGGAGUAGGUUCCCCGAUCAUAACAUCAGUCUCGGAAAGGUGAAUCAGGUAAUGGGAUCUGCGGAAAUAGAAUUGGAACUUCAGACUCCCCCACCGCUUCAACAACAGUAUUUCCCAAUUAGUCAAGUGAGUAAUCUAUCUCAUCCUGAAACCCGUUCCAGCAUGGAAUCGGGUUUUGAUGCCGAUACCGAACCUGAAAACCAGCAGAACCCGUGGUACAAUAUAUCUCCAAAUGCUUCCCCUAAAUCUCGCCGUCGAAGUCGUGAUAAUCGCCCCAUCUUAGGCCCUCAAGUGACUGUACCCUCAGGGCAUAUGAACCCACAUCACAUUCGAACUUCUUCCGAGUCUAGAGAUUCACAUCACUCAGGGAGUCAAAUGUCACAACACGAUGAUAGUACAUCGGACGAUUACGAACGACUGGUAUUCAAGCAGCCACACCCCCAGAGCGGGAGGUCCUCCACACUGGCCGAGCAAAGGAGGGGGUCCCUUGAUGCCGUGGUAAUGUUAUCAGCCAAGGAAAAGUCGAACACGUUUACAUACGGGGAGUACCAGCAAGCCUACCCACCUAGUCACAAGCCGUCUCACUCAUUUGAUGUCACAGCGCAUGUGGGAGUUAGAGGUCAUGUGAGACGCACCCCACCCUCCUCACACCACUCACAAGAAUCGCACCACUCAACAAGGCCACCGAUUCCGCAAUCAAGCCGACCUUCAAGCCGUGCCUCUUCUGGAAGAAGUCGUUCGGAGAAGAGACCUCAUCAUGUCCGAAACCACUCGCAGCCUGAGCACAUGGCACAUGCUGUUCCCAACUCCACAAACUCACACUCACAACCUGACUCGAGGUCACCAAGCCACACCCAUUCUCGAAAGACAAGCACAAAGAGCAACGACUCCGUGUUUCAUAGUGCAUAUCCGGGUCACCGAGUUGUCGAGGGUAGGAGCUCGUCAAGUCACAAUCAGUCAAAGAUACAUCAUCAAACUCACGACCCAAGAACACACAAUAUGCACAAGACUGGUAGAGGCCGAUUCUACUCUGACAUACACUCUAAGAUAGUUGAGAACGAACUAUAUCAGCACAAUCAUCCAAGACACAAUUCUGAGCGUUUAAGGAGUUACCCCAACUAUGCGAGUGAUGAUAGCAGGCAGAGUACACCUGUGGCCACACCUACACUUGCAACAAGGAGUAACUAUGUGAGUGGCAAUGACAGUGGAUUUGACAGUAUGAACAGAAGCAACAGAAGUCCAAUGCUAAGCCCUGGCAAUGGCAACCAGUACUAUGUUGAGCUUGAGAAGAAUCCCACUCUUGGCCUGGGCAUCACGGGAGGUGUGGGAGGAGAGAACGCCAUAAAACCCGGAGAUCAGGGGUUCCAUGUGUACAAGGUGACUGAGGGGUUACCAGCUCACCAAGUCGGAGUCAUUGAUGUGGGGGACCGACUGUUAGAGGUUAAUGGUCACGCUGUGUCCUCCAUGGCAUGCGAAGAUGUCUUAUCGCUGCUAACUUAUCAAGAUGAACAAACUGUUACACUUUUGCUCAGCAAAGAACCUUCCCAAACUCUACUCUACACAAUGAAGCGAGUUAACUCCACAAAGCCAAUCAGACGGUUUGUCAAGAAGAUAAAGAGAAGGUUCGCAAGACAACCCAAGAUGGAGGCAAUUCCUAGCUGUGCACCAGCUGCUGAAGCGGUACAGUCACAUUCACCGUGUGACCAGAGUUUCUCAGAGCAAGACAAACUACCCCAGCCUUGCCCGCUGCAUUCUCACUCUCUCUUCAAGAAACAGAAGGCUGCAACACUUCCCUGCAUGAGCUGUAGUGGAAUGACUACUUGCCUCCUCUAUGAAGCGUGCUGCAACUCUCCAGUUUAUAGCACUACCUCCAAUUCCUCCAUUCUCAGCAAUGAUUCUGGACUAGGCGAGGAUGAAGCUGACAAUGAUGUAUUUUACUCAGAAAAUGAGUCGGAAGAGGAAGACAUUGAGAACAUGGUGGAUGAUGACGACUGGUGGAUUGAUGGCAACCAAAUUGCUCUCAGGAAAGUACUGACCUCUUCCUCCUGUGAGACUGUAUACAGUGGCUACUGGCAUGGCGACGUUGAGGUGCAUGCACGGAGGUCCAGUGACUCAGAGCUAAGAGCUGGAGUGAUUGCUGAUGUCAAUACACUCACCAAUAUCCGUCACGAAAACAUUCAACUCUUCCUGGGAGUUUCUCGCAACCAACACACGGACUACGUCAGCAUAGUUAUGGAUCAGAUGAAAGGAUACUCCCUCCACCACCUGAUACACAAGCAGAGCAAACAGUUCAGUUGUCCUUCCCUGAACAAGAUUGCAACCCAGAUUGCACAGGGAAUUGAGUAUCUUCAUGCUAAAGGCAUCUCUCACCCGAUGCUGUCCUCCAAGUCAAUCACCUACCACUACCGUGUGUGCAUCUCGUUGCUCUCCCAAUUUGAGGCUUCAUCUGGUCACUUCGAGUCUGAUGACCUUGUCUACUUGCCCCCGGAGGCCAUCAGAACUGUAUCCGUGCCCAGUGGCAGACAAGAGAGACGAGCCUCCUCUACUGUCUCCCUAUUGGCUAGACCUGACACUCUCCUCACGCCAGAAGCUAAUGUCUAUUCGUUUGGGACGCUGAUAUACGAAUUGCUUUCCUCUGAGAAACCAUACCGUGGAACCCCUGCAUCCACCCUCAUCUCGUUAGUGGGCUCUGAUGACAGGGUUCUCCCCUUGGCUAGUCUCCCAAAUGGCAUGUACAAACAAGUUGUGAGAAGAUGCUGGAGAAGCCGUGCCGAAGACAGACCGACGUUUAAGGAGCUUUUGUGGACUAUGGAACACAAUGCUACUCCCAAAUCAUGUGGAUUCAAGUCCUCCUCUCAGUUCAGUUUUUCUGAGCCGCUGAAUCUCAACAAACUGGCCCUUUGUCAUUCUGUCUAACAUUUCGACUAUAUCAAGACUAUGAUACGACUGUCACAGAGCUAAACGAAGACUCAGUCAAGAAGAUCUCUGUAUUACUGCUUCCCAACGAUAUUUUUUAUCGUACAUUUCUUGGUCACACAUUUUGCAUCUCUGCCACUCCAUUAAUACUUUGGUCUCUGCUUCUCAAAUUCAGACCGGCCAUUAUUGAAACUGUUGUUGGUUGGUGGGAAGAUCCCAUAUAUAUGACUGUGUGAAGUUGUUUUUAUCUCAUAAUAAUAUUCCUUUUGUUGUUGUUGUGUCAAUUCCUAUUCCACAAUCACUCACAUGCUGGUCACCAACUUGUACCGACGUACAUAUAUAUAUCACUUAUUAACUCCAACCACGUGCACUUAGUUGUGAUAUGCAUAACAAUUGUGCUGCUCCGAUUAUUAUGUGGAAGAUAAAUUAAACAUUUGUAUUAAUUUG